GCCGAAUGCAGUGCUUCAUCGUGUUCGGAGCCACCCCAAUGCUGCUUGGACGCCGUGUUUUGGAGCAACUUGGCGCUGUGGUGGACUUCGGAAGUGGCAAGAUGCGCAUCCUUGGUGGCCAUUGGACUGCGAUCGAACGUGGCAAGCAAGAUGCGAUGCUUCUGAGACUUGCUGCAACCUUCAACUCUAUUGAGGACUUUGAGAACCCGCAGUUCGACCUCAGAGCCAAGGAUGAUGACCACGAUGAUGCAUGCUCUCUGCAAGACUUUUUGCAAGACCUACGUGCUGCUGAGCGCUACGAGGAAAUGAUCUCCGAGGUCCAAUUCACCGACGACGCCUCUGAGAAUGAGUUCGUUGAUGUUGAGACCUAUGUGAAUGUGGAUGAGCAGAUCCCUGAGGAGCACUUUCACGCCCAUGAGCUGACCGAGCGCACUCAAUGCUCAAUGUCGAAGACCUGGUCAUGGAUUCAGGGUCAACUGGUUGAAACCUCCAAGAAAGCUGCCCAACUUGCCUAUGAAGCUCGCAACCAUCAACAUGCCCGACUUGAAGGUGGAAGCCGCUGCAAGAAGGCUGAGAAUUACCAAUCUGAGCUAGCCUGGAAUUUAGCUCGAGCCCUUCUUGGGGAUGAGGGUUUGUCAGAGCAGGCUUACGCUGUUCAACAAGACGCCGAAGCUCAAGAGCUGACUGGAGUUCUUCGAAAACGAAAAUUUGGCACAAAGCAUGGCUCUGAAGCGGUGCGUAUUGCCUACCGUCUCCAUCGAAAUCUUGGGCAUCCCAGAAAGGACACUUUGGUCCGCAUGCUGCAGGCCAAGAACGCUGACCCGAAGGUCAUUGCUGCAGCCGAAGCCCUUGAAUGCCCUUACUGCAACAAGUUUUCUUCCUGGAAACAAUCAGCUCCAGCUCAUGCAGAGCGUCCCAUGGACUUCAACGAGCAGCUUCAGGCCGACACCCUGUGGUUUGGCUUGAGCUCAGUUGAGCCUGACAAUGCCCCUUCUGACAAAGCCUCAAAGCGGAAGAUUGGCAUGCUGGUCAUGGUUAUGGUCUUGUCAAUGGAGCUCAACGUGCUGAACAAGCCAUUUGUGGUCUUCGUCAACGGCGAGUUGUUCGAACUGCCGACUUGCGGCGCAUCAACCAGCACACCUUGGAGGAGCUCGAGGGCGAAAUAUCUGAUGGACUUUUUGAUGAACAACCUUCUCCGAAGAAGUUCAAGAUCAACCAUCCUCCUGAUCAAGGUGAGCAAGAUGCCCCAGCAGCACGACCUGAGUCAGUGCGAUCCCUCUCCUAUGAGCCAACUGAACCUAUCGAUGAUUUGCCAACAGAUCCUGCUGAAGAUCCACCUUUACCUGUGGCUGAUCCGUCUUCUGGCCUGGACUUGCCAGCGGAUCCCGGCCUGGACUUGCCGGAUGAGUCAAGAAGCAGCUUCAGCAGCACCUUCCAGCGGAGAGGCAGGUCAUGGACUUACGCCUGAACCUCUUCCGCAAGAUGUUCCAAUCCCUGAUGGUGACGACAGUGAAGCUGAUCAGCCUGCCAUUGCAGCUGACAACACCAUCACUCAAUCUCAAAUGCCUGAAGCACAAUCUUCAAAUCCACAACUUCCUGGACUUUCUUUUGCUGAACGCCGACGGCAACAAGAACGAAAUGAAACUUCUUGGUUGCGAUCUCCAUUGUGGCCACUGGUGCAUGAUCACCCUGAUCCUCAAAGCCCUGGCAAAUCGAAACGUGCCAAGCACCAUGAAUCGGUCAACAUCGCCGUGGAGCUCUUCCCAAAUGGCUGUGAAGGCUCAACCAACCUUCCAGCUGGAUGGCACUAUACCACAAAUGGCCUGACAAUGAGACGCAACAGCCGCAUCAUCCUGGUCAACGAGGAGCAGCCUGCCCCCGUGGGUGAUGAACCAUGGUUUGGAAAGACCUUGUACCCACUGACCAAAGAUGCUGCAGCUGAGUUUGGCCAAUCCUACGUUGGCGAUUUGUCCAAGAAGUUCAAGACCAAAACCAUCCUACGCCGUGGCCAUAUUUGGUCGGCCCAAGCUUCGCCCAAGAAGAAGAACGUCAAGGAGUCAGCUGAUCUCAAAGAAAGCCGAAUGAGUCUUGAAGACCGCCUGGCGUUCAUCGAGGGCGAGAAAGCUGAGUUGGCCUCCAUUUUUGAGAAUCAAGUUUGGGAGAUCGAGCUUCACCCUGAGAAGGAUUUUCUGAUCCAGAUCUACUACGAGGAGAGCUUGACACAUCUUCCCCAACUUUGA